CCUAAGGCACUUGGCUUGGAUGGAUCAUGCGUGUUUCUCGCCGUCAUGACCUUGUCGCCUCGGUUCACAAGCUCAAGGAUAUUAGCUAAGGCGGAGGGGGAAAGGCGGCCUCGGAAAGAUCCUAGAGCAUGGAAACAAUCAGGUUAGAGGGGGGCGGAUGUUGGAGAUUUCUAGAGCUUGUUCGCCUAUCAGCCAUGAGAAAUCAAGUCAUAUUUACCCCAGCUCCGCCUCCUCAAUUGCUUCCUCCGGGUUACUGCCAUCGGCCCGGAGAGCUAUUGACUGGCAUAGUCGGCUCUGUGUUGUGCACGCUUGCAGCAAAGUCGAAUACGUUCACGCAGUGUUAUAGACGUUGGCAACAAUUUGAAAUUUGCGGAUGCUCUAAAGCAAGGGCGCUGCAGAGGUAAAGAGCCUAGACGUUUCAUCGGUAUCAGAAAGAAGACGGAGCUCCGACAGAAGCGCACU